UGCCUGACCCGAUGAGCACACAACCGACAUUUAAAUAUCUUCAUGUACAGUAAGUAGGCUGCAUUAGAAAAUGAAACUACUCAAUAUCGCGGUCUGGCGGCCUUUGGGCUAGUACAGGUGCAAUUCCUUCCACGUUGUGUAGGCUUAUUUUUUUUAUUUAAUAACCCAAAUUGCAUAGAUGUCCUACUAUAGACUAAUUGUCGGGGAAAUGUAAUUACACCUUCCCUUCUUAUCCCUUCUCUUUUCCACAUCUCUCUCUCACGUACACGCACAAUCGGUGGAGUUGAGUUGGCUAGGUUAACGGAGUACUAAACAUCACUUGUUGCUAGUUGAGUGUUGGCUUGUACGGGGACCUUCCACCAUCAGGAAAUGGAGGAAUGAGUGUGUAGCGAGCAACCCAGAGGGAGGGGAAACUGACAAGACGUUUACUGCAAGUCCCACACAUAACGUGAGCGAGGUCUUCCAAUUCCAGCGGCAACACUUGAAACAAAAAGAUGAGUGACGAAGAUAGACUUCAAGUUGAACUUUUUGUGAAGGCAGGCAAUGAUGGCCAGAGCAUUGGCAACUGUCCAUUCUCCCAGCGUCUCUUCAUGGUGCUGUGGCUCAAAGGAGUCACUUUCAACGUCACCACCGUGGACAUGAAGAGGAAACCAGACAUCCUUAAGGACCUGGCCCCUGGCGCUCAGCCCCCCUUCCUGCUCUACGGGACGGAGGUGAAAACCGACACCAACAAGAUAGAAGAGUUCCUGGAGGAGAACCUGUCCCCUCCAAAGUACCCACGCCUGGCUUCCAGGAACCCUGAGUCUAACACAGCCGGCCUAGACGUGUUCUCCAAGUUCUCGGCCUACAUCAAGAAUUCAAACCCCCAGCUCCAUGACAAGUCCCUGACUUGCAACACCAGAUCACCAGCCUUUGUCUGUUUGGUUCAACUACAACAUGUAGCACCUCCAAGUCCAACUGCUACAGCAGACAAGCAGUGUUCAACAUCAGUAGCAUCCUGAGCAUCACGCGCAAGAGCUACAUGGCCACAGCUUCCUGUAACACCACAUUCACUGCAUUAUUAGGAGUCGGCUACACCAUCUCACAAACCUGCUGCAGCACCAACCUGAGCAACGUGGCAGGCUGCCGGAGCCAUCCAACUAACUCUCACCGUGGCCCUUGGUGCCACCCUGUUGGCCAUCUGGCCUUCGCCGUGACAAACUAUUCACAAUAAGGACACCUCCUACAUAGGUUUCCAUUGAAGGGUGUUAUUGUAGGUUGUAGUUCUUACAUACACAAUGUAUUGAAAAUGGUUUAUUCUGGAAAAGACUACAAUGUUUAUUCAGGCUAGUUUCACUAAGCUUAAGUUCCAAGUACCAUUUCAAACUGGUUUUACUUCUAGGGCCUAGAAUACACAACAUCCUACAACAGCAUCGGUAUGAACAGUUAAUCAAUGUAUGUACUUUACUGUAUUUACAUUUGGAACACGUCAGAGUGACUAUUCACUUUUUAGUGGAAUAACUUCUUCUCAACCAUGUCACUAUUAAUUAUCAUCAUCAUACGUAAGUGAGUUUCCCCAUUGAGUAUGUACCCCUGUACUCUUUUAUAAAGAUAACCUUUCUAUGUAUGCUAUGUGCAAUACAUAAUCAUACCAAAUACACUUUCAAAAAGAUCUGCUACUACGAGA